AUGGACGGCGCGGCGCAGAACCGACCGACGCAGCCUGCGCCGCAACAACAGGCGUCCUUGAUCCGACCCGAGCAAGUCCAGAGACUGCCCCAGCUCAACCCGACCCAGAAACAGCAGUUCGAGCAAGGUGUGAGGAGGUUUUGGGAGAUUCUCAAUACCACUCCUCAAACGGAUCCCAAAUACACUGAGGCAUACACAAACCUUGUAAAGACUUCCAGCCAACUCAGAGCGGGGAUGAAACAAUGGCAGCAGCGCAAACAAAUGGCUCAACAACACGCGGCACAACAGGCCUCGGCGCAGGCGCAGGCACAGGCACAGGCACAGGCACAAGUGCAGGCACAGGCGCAGGCGCAGGCACAGGCACAAACGCAAGCACAGGCACAAUCACAGCCACCUAGAGUGACAGGCCAAUCUGGUCAAGCACCGGCCGGGGCUGGACCAGGCCAGAGCGGAGGAAGUGCGGUACAGUUCAGUCAGCUUUUGCCCGAGAUCCAACGAAAAGUGAACGAGCAGCACUUUUACUAUCCUCCGGCCAUGACCAAAGGCACUGAGGGCGCCGAUGUGUGGUUGCGCGAGGCAAAGGCUAGGUUGGGUCAAGCCUUGCAGAGGCUUCAAGUCGCCAAGCAAAAGAAGGCCGAGUUUCAGCGACAGGCCCAACAGCGACAAGCGGCAGGGAAUCCCCUGACUGCCGCGGAAACUGAGGUUUAUAACAACAAGAUUGCGCAGUGCGACCGGGCGGUCAACGAAAGCACUGCGUUCAUGAAGAAAUUCAAUGAGCAGCAGGAACAAUUUCGAGCCGCGCAGCCCCAACACCAGUUCUCGAAACAAGCUGUACCCGCUAGUGAAGGAGCAGAUCCCGCUGCCGCACCUCUGAUACAACCUAGUGCCCAAGGCCCUACUGCCCAUUCUAUCAGUAGUGCCGUGUCUGCUGCACGUAACCAAGCAAGCGCCUCACAACUUCAAGCGGGCAGCCCGACGGCACUUGCACCUCAAGUCGGUCCCAACACGGGCACAGGCACUUCUCAGACGCCCGUUACAGCGACCCAGGCGCAGUUUCCCCAAGUUGGUCAAGGGGAUACGUCUGCAGGCCCUCGCCCACCGUCCCAUCAAGGUCAAGCCAUGAUUCCUUUGCAACAUGCCGCGUCCGCGGGCGUGAAUCCUCACCCACUUAACACCAGCAUCAAUGGCAUCAAGACGGCAACUUCUAACAUUACCAAGAAUUUACAAGUUACCGAGCCUAAGCCCGUCCCCAUGCCGCCAUCUCGACCAACAUUGACGGGCGGCGCUGGAGUGGGACUGCCCGGUCAGCUUGCACAGCCUGCCAUCACCGCACUCCCCGGCUAUGUUUUGGAGUCGAGUGAAGAUGGGAGAAUCCUGUCCAAGAAGAAGUUGAACGAACUGGUGCGCGAGGUUUGCGGCCCUGGUCCGGACGAACAGCUCGAUCCCGAAGCUGAAGAAAUUUUCCUUGCCAUCGCCGAUGAUUUCGUUGACGAGCUUGUCUCAUCAGCAUGUAAGCUUGCAAAGCUCCGCGGCUCGUCGAGUCUGGAAUUGCGCGAUAUUCAGAUCGUCCUCGAGCGCCAAUACAACAUUCGCGUGCCGGGGAUUUCGACCGACGAAAUUCGAACCGUGCGACGACCACAACCUGCGCCAGGCUGGGCGCACAAAAUGAGUGCAGUCCAAGCUGCCAAACUGACAGGCGGCGCAACCGCGACGGCUGCAUCUGGCGCCAGUGGAAAGGAGAACUAA